AUGGCAGAAAAACAAAAUAAAGUACAGACCAAGUCAUUUGGACAAACAAUUGCAACGUUAGCACUGUCGAAGCAAUUCUACUGGUUCGUGGGACAUGCAUUGGAGAUUAUUUUCUUCAUUUUGAACAUGAUCAGCUCUUUUUUUAGCCGGACAGCCAAGUUCUAUAACUGUGCAUUGGUUGCGGUGUUGUUUACGUAUGGAAUAGUAAUCAAACAGAUUCAUUUCAAGAAAACUGGUCUUGGUCAGGUGGUGCGUGAUCGGGACUUGAGGGCCAGGAUGAUCAGAGACGAUAAUGUUCAAUACUUUUUGCUUGCAUUAGUAUUUCUCUUGAGCAGUGGAACGAUUGGUGGUGUUGCUGGUGGGUUAUAUUCUUUUACCAUUUUCUCGGUUUUCCAUGUGUUGACGUACUUUCAGACUAACUUAUUGGGAUCAAUGCCAUUCAAUAAAGUACAGCAAGAGAACUUGAAUGCGAAAAUCAACCACUUCACUACGACUUACAAUCAGCAGGCAUUGUUAAUGGCUGCUAAUGCCGAAUUUUUGUUACUCAGUGGGUUUAUUUUUACCAUUCCACUCAUGUUUGUGCAAAUCUUUAGGAUUCCACUCUUCGUUAUCGUGAACACCUCGGUAUUCGCAGCAAUAGUUGUAUUCUUAAAAUUGAGAUAUAUCUCAAACAGAUACACUCAAGAAAUUGUGAGCCAAUGGGAUAUGAAAAUCAAUCAAGUUCUUUUAAGUGGUAAAUUGCCUGCUUCGCUAAACGAGUACUACAACAUAAGAUUGAAGGGCUUAAUACAAAAGCUUACUGAUCCAAUUCAAUUGCCAGCCAUUGCUUCAACGAAGAAAUCCAAUUAA